AUGGCGACCCUACCGAGAACGCUACGACCCCUCGCCAAAGCCACCUCAUACAUAGCUCCUCUUACUGCGGCGUCGAGGUCGCUUCCUCGACGGAAAUUCCUACCCAAGCGAACCUUCGCUACUACCUCGAGACGGCGCUAUGCAGACGAUGACGUCGACACCAGUUCCCUAGCUCCGACACCCAUCACUCACUUCUCGGAGACCGAGAGAAUGCUUGCAGAGUCUGUCUCCAGAUGGGCCAGUGAAGAGGUCGCACCUAAGGUGCGAGAUAUGGACGAGAAAGAAGCGAUGGACCCAGCCGUCGUCGAACAGAUGUUCGAGCAAGGCCUCAUGGCCUUCGAGAUCCCCGAAGAGUAUGGGGGGGCUGGGAUGAAUUUCACGUCUGCAAUCGUGGGGAUUGAGGAGAUCGCCAGGGUAGACCCUUCCGUCUCAGUCUUGUGCGAUGUGCACAAUACAUUGGUGGUGACCGCCAUCCUCAAGUACGGUAGCGAAGCAUUCAAGAAGGAGUGGCUUCCGAAGCUGGCCACCAACACUGUCGGCUCAUUCUGCUUGUCUGAACCUGCAUCAGGCUCCGACGCCUUUGCAUUAAAGACCAAGGCAGAGAAGACAUCAAGCGGCUACAAGAUCAAUGGCUCCAAGAUGUGGAUCACGAACUCAAUGGAAGCCGACUUCUUCCUUGUUUUCGCCAAUCUUAAUCCCGAAGCGGGUUAUAAGGGCAUUUCGGCAUUCGUCGUCACCAAGGACAUGAAAGGCUUUAGCAUAGCCAAGAAGGAAAAGAAGCUCGGCAUCCGGGCUUCAAGCACCUGCGUCAUCAACUUUGACGAUGUCGAAAUCCCCAAAGAGAAUCUCCUCGGCCAAGAAGGUCAGGGCUACAAGUAUGCAAUCGGUCUGCUGAACGAAGGACGGAUAGGCAUCGGCGCUCAGAUGACGGGAUUGGCUCUUGGGGCGUGGGAAAAUGCCGCCAAAUACGUUUGGAACGAUCGGAAGCAGUUCGGAAAGCUAGUCGGUGAGUUCCAGGGCAUGCAACAUCAACUUGCCCAAGCCUACACGGAGAUCUGUGCGGCCCGCGCCCUGGUCUACAACGCAGCCCGGAAGAAGGAGGCGGGCGAGGAUUUCGUUACCGAUGCCGCUAUGGCGAAGCUGUAUGCCAGCCAGGUCGCAGGGAGAGUCAGCGGAUUGGCAGUUGAAUGGAUGGGCGGCAUGGGUUUCGUGCGCGAGGGCAUCGCUGAGAAGAUGUUCAGGGAUAGCAAGAUUGGGGCCAUCUACGAGGGCACGAGCAACAUCCAGCUCACCACGAUAGCCAAGGCCCUGCAAAAGAAGUACACAUCAUAG